AUGAAAUUAUUUUCUUUCAUCUUUUGGAAUUUCAUUUUGUACAUUUUUAUGAAGACACUUAAAUUCAACAGAGCCCAUUUUAUGACAAGUGAAUAUUUACCACAUAAUAGCAAAAUAAUAACAAAUGUACAAUCAAAAAAACAUUUAAUUCUUGAAAAAAAAACUCAUUCUCGAAUUUCGAGGUAUACAUUUGGUUAUUCCUUCCAUAAGGUCAGUAGAAGUAAAAGAAAAAAUUACCAUUACCUGAAAUUAUAUUUAACACGGAAUAAAUACAAAUUGAGAAAGAAAUUAAACCCUAUACUAGUUUCAGAAAAGAAAAACUUGUCAAUUGAGCACAAUUUAAAGGUUGGGUGCCAAAAGAACAUUCUAAAUGAUAGUAAUAAAUUGGAAAAUGAGGAAAAAGGAAAUGGGUGUGAUAAUGAAAUAAGAACAGAUGGUAGUGGACAAUAUGAUAAGAAUAGCAGAGACGUAAAUGAUGACAUAAAGGGGGAAAGCACUCAAAAUGCUACAAACAUCAACCCUAAGGUUGACAUAAAAGAUGAGAUGUGUUGUAAAAAUAAUGAACUUUUAUCGGUUUCUGAAUUAUUAAAGAAUAUCAAAGAAAAUGAAAUCAGCAAAGAUGAAAAUAAUGCUUCAAAUGAAACAGAAAAUUCGAAUCUCAAUUUAAUGGAACACUUCACAACAGGAGAUGAUAAUUCUUUAAUUAGUAAUUUGAAACCAGAAGAAAGCAAAGAACUUAUAAAUAGCGAUCACUUUAAAAAGAUAAUGAAAGAUAUAAAUUUAAAAGAGGAAGAAAUCAUGGACUUAUUAAAUAGAAGUGAAAAGAAUGUUUCCAAUUUAAUUAAUAAAAAUUUAACCUUAGAACAGAUUGAAAAAAAUGCAAAAAAUGAAGAGAUACAAAAUGAAAAAUUAUUUGAUGUAUAUAUGAAUAGUAAUAGUUCAAAAAUUGGGAAUUUUAUUAACUUUAAAAAAAUAGGGAAAAAAUAUAAAGAUGUUAUUGCACAUGUUAUAACAAUUUUUUUAAAUAAAAAAAAAAAAUUUAGCGAAAUGAUAAAUCUGAUAGAAGACAAAAACGAAAUAAAUCAAUAUGUGUCUCUUUUGAAAGAAGAUAUUUUAUUCAAUGAUUUAAAUAAUGAUGUAAUAACCGAAAUUGUUAAAAAAUCCGUAUUAAUGGGAUAUUUGAAUGAAAAAUUUUCAAACGAUGCUGAAAAUUUUGAAUGGAAUAGACAGGUUGAAAAUUGCAUUGUACAGGCGGUAAGAAAUUCUCAUUUUAAUAUAAAGAUCAUUACUUAUUCAGAUAAUAGCAUAAAUGUCACUGUGGAUAGCCCAAAAUAUUUGAAUAUAGAUUCUGACGAAUAUGAUGUAGUUGAGGGCUCAAUAAAAACUUCCCUAGAGGAGUACGAGCGGAUUAACAACCUUGAGAUAUGUUCUGCCUUCAAUGUAUUGGUCCACUUUAGCUGA